AAACCUCGAAGAAGAAACAAAAAAAAAAAAAAAAAACAUAAGAAGAAAAAAAGAAAAGAGAGAGAGAGCCCAAGCCAAGACGAACACGAAGAAGCAAGGAGCGAAGCAAACACGAGCGAGCCCAUCCCAACCACGAAGCAGCAGCAGCAGCCUCGCCGCGCGCCCGAGCAACGCUGCGGAGCAGCCCUCCGCGAGAGUCCGCCGGCCGGUGAGCAGUGGGGGCGCAAUUCUUCCUCGGCUGGUCCCCGACCCGUUUCCGCCGCCAAUCCCAAUUGCUCCCCCCGGAGGUCAGCUCAAUUCCUGCUGUUUCUCGGAUUCGAUUCGGUUCGUCCAGGUACGUUGUCACCCUCGCCGGAGAUCCAGUCGGUGCGAGCUCGACGGGGUCGGGAUCACGCCUCCAUUGCUCUAGGGUUUGGGCGGGUAAUACAAUUGGCUCGCCAAGCCCCGGACUCUAUGCUUGAUUCGGGCUUGCUGCACCGCACCCGGGGCGGCUUCUUUAUUUCGUGGCGAUUGGUGCGGCGCCUGUGGAGAUGAGAUCCCCUCCAUGGCCGGCGAGCUGGGAAUUGGGUUACGGGCUCACGCUCUGCAGGAAGCGGCGCAAGCCCUAAUGGUUUGAUCCGAGCUGGGUACGGUGUGCUAUCCCCGAUUUUUGGUUUCUCUACCCCGAAUACGAUAUCGGGGUUCGCUGUGGUGGUAAUUGAAUGGAAACGGUAAGGGAUGAGGCCUGGCCAGUGGUUGCACCGCAGCAGCGGCAGCAGCCACCAGCGCCCCAACUGCAGCAGCAGCAGCAACAGAAUGGCCGUAUUGAUCUCAGGGGGCUGAAGGCUCAGAUGGAGAAGCGACUUGGUCCAGACCGUUCGCAGCGGUACUUUGGUUACUUGAAUGGCUACUUGUCGCAGAGGCUCAGCAAGCCAGACUUUGACAAUCUGUGCCUGCAGACCCUGGGGCGGGAGAACCUCCAGCUCCACAACCAGCUAAUCCGUUCAAUUCUUUACAAUGCCUACCAGGCAAAGUGUCCACCUCCACCAAUAGAUGUGGGGAGGCCUCUGGUAGCAUCGGCAAAGAAGGUUUCUCAGGCUGCUGAAGUGUUCAAUACUUGCAAUGGGGAUGUCAGGUUGUUACAGGUUCAGGGAUCAAGGCCCAUGGGCACAGCGCAAAUUCGUCCUUUGAAAGACCGGAUGAAUAACAUGGGUCCAAACAGUAGGGUGGAGGCUGCUGUCAAUUACACCCAGGUUUCUCAUGGUGUUUCCGCAGCUCCAGAGAAUGGUACUCUAAGCUCACUUGAGUUGAAGAGAUCGGUGCAUUUUCAACAAUGUGAACCUGCAGAGCCAUUGCCAAAGCGCCCCCAUGUGGAGAAGUUGCCACCUGAUAAUAUGCUCUUGCAGAGAAGAAGUAUGUGCAGUGGUACAGAUUGUUCUGUGGGAAUGUUGCAAAGUCCUGUACAGGCUCCACUUGGAAUUCCUUUUUGUUCAGCAAGUGUGGGUGGGGCAAGGAAAUUGCCACCACCACCAAUGAGUGCAGGUGACGAUCGCUUUAACAGCUGCCUUGAGCAUGGUGGCCUGUUCAACACUGAGGUGCUGCAUAGGCGGAUGGAGAAAACAGCAGAAACACUGGGCUUAGCGGGUGUCACAAUGGAUUGUGCCGAGCUUCUGAAUAAUGGUCUGGACAUGUACUUGAAGAACCUGAUUAGGUCGUCUGUUGAGUUAAUAGGAGCUAGUUUUCAGAGGGAUGCAAGGAAAGGGACACCAUACAAGCAGCAAGCUUAUGGAAAGCAGAUUAACGGUGUCCGGUUGCCGAACCAUGUUCACAUGUAUUCAGGCAGCAGACCAUCGGGAGCCACAAAUGAGAUCAGAAGUAACCACUUGAUCUCUGUCAAUGAUUUCAAGGUAGCUAUGCAGCUAAACCCUCAACAGCUUGGGGAGGACUGGUCAGUCCUUCUCGAGAAGAUAUGUCUAUGUUCUUCGGAGGAAAAUGACUAACAGAUUGCGCUUUCUACUUCACAUGAAGUUUUGUACCAAUGUGCCUCUUGGUGCCCCUCCGAUGUACAUUUGAGCUGGAAGUGGCAAUAAUGCAGGCACAUCACAGAAGAUGCACAUUUGGGAUCAUGGCAGAAUUCUGCUUUAACAUUCAGGUGUCAGGUUUGUAGUGAAAGAAAACCAUUCUUUUUUUCCUGAUAAAUGAUGCCCAAAUAAAGGAAAACAUCUUCUGUCCAGCUUAGGCCUCAUUAGCAUUUACGAGGUGGAUAGUGUUACAUCCAAAAAGUCCCAACUUCUAUGUAACAUCUGGCAUAAAGGAGACUAUGGACAGCAAACUGCAAGUGCUGUCUUGUAACUUAUAGGAAAAUGUUCUGUAAGUUUCUAGGUCAGGAUGUACAUUAUUGAUUGCAAAAUUUUCUAGGUAUCUUCA